GAAAUGCGGCAGCCACAGAGCAGUUCUUUUUUUGUAAUGAUGCGACAUUGAUGCUGAAGUAAAUUUAUUUUAGAAGACGCGCGGAAGUUGAAAAAAAGAAAACACUUCAUCCGGUGUUAGGACUGAUACAUCCAUUAUUGUUAUUAUUAUUUUAUCUCGCUUACAACUUGCAGCAUGACUGAUAUUUCAUCUACGACUUUUCUCAUAACAAAUAAUCGUUUGAUAUUUUGAAUCGUUUGCGAAGAACUUUAGUAUUCGUUCGAAAUGAGGGAUUAAUUAUCCAAUGGAUUGAAUAGAGUGAUCGUUUGGAUAAAUAUUUUCCGAGGGUGUUCCGCCUGUUUGUUUAAGGGGAUGUACGGUCUGAUACUCGAGAACCUUAGCCAAUACGUCGUCCAUGUGUACGGAGAAGAUAGAUGGGAAGAAAUUCGAAAAAGUGCCCGACUACCUCACCCCACCUUUACAAGGCAACAGGUGUACGAAGAUGCCCUGAUACCUAAACUGACGGCUCAUGCCUGUGAGAUUCUGAAAGUGAACGAGAGAGAUUUCCUGGAAGGCAUGGGUGUCUACUUCGUCUCUUUUGUGGGGCAAUAUGGUUACGACAGGGUGUUAUCUGUGCUGGGAAGGCAUAUGAGAGAUUUCUUGAAUGGCCUGGACAAUCUUCACGAUCACCUCAAGUUCAGUUACCCUCGCAUGAAGGCUCCCUCCUUCUUUUGUGAGAGAGAGACAGAAUCUGGCAUCACACUCCAUUAUCGGAGCGCACGAAGAGGAUUUCUCUGGUACACCAUUGGACAGAUCAAAGAAGUGGGUCGGCACUUUUACAACACCAUAGUGGAUGUCACUGUUCUGCGGCAGACGAGUUCGGUGGGCGUGUUCCAUGUCAUCAUGCAGCUAUCUUUCGACAACGAGGCCUUUCGACUGGAAGGUCAAAGGAAUCUACAGAGGGGCAUCGACAGGACCAUGUUGCCCAUCAAGGCAUUCCUCUUCCUGGAGAUCUUCCCCUUCUGUCUCGUCUUCGAUUCCGGUCUUCACAUCAAAACCAUCGGAAAAAGCCUCAGAGCCAUCAUGCCGGACAUUGCUGGACGGAGGUUACCCGAUGUCUUUGAUCUUACGAGGCCACUCAUUGAAUUUACUUGGGAAUCUAUUCUAGUCCAUUCCAAUAAUAUAUUCGAAUUGAAUUCCGUCGAUCCAAUGAGGAGCCAAGAAAGUAAUGGAAAUCAUUUGAUGGGUGGAGAAAACUCUCAAGACGAGGAUGACGUCACUUUGGAGGAUCGAGUAUUGCAUUUAAAGGGCCAAAUGAUGUACAUGGAAGAAUGGAAAAGCAUGGCCUACCUAGGAACUCCUGUGAUGCGAAGCCUUGACGCAAUGCUGCACACUGGCCUCUACAUCAAUGAUCUAAGUAUGCAUGAUUUCAGCAGAGAUAUGGUUCUUGCCGGGCAACAGCAGUCAGCUGAACUCAAGUUGGCCUUAGAUCAAGAGCUGCAGAAGAGCCGACAACUGGAGGAGUCGAUGCGGAAGCUGGACGUUGAAAUGAAGAGAACAGACGAACUUCUCUACCAAAUGAUUCCCAAACAAGUGGCCGACAGACUCAGAAGGGGUGAGGCAGCUGUCGAUACAUGCCAGUUUUUUGAGUGCGUGACCAUCCUGUUCAGUGACGUAGUGACAUUCACCGAAAUCUGCAGUCGCAUCGCACCUAUGGAAGUGGUGUCUAUGUUGAAUUGCAUGUACAGCCUCUUUGAUCAACUCACCAGCAAGCACCAAGUCUACAAGGUGGAGACUAUUGGUGAUGCUUACAUGGUUGUGUCCGGUGCCCCGGAUGUAGAAGAAAAGCAGGCGGACAAGGUGUGUCACAUGGCUCUAGACAUGGUGGAUGUGAUAGGAGACCUCAAGGAUCCCUCCACUGGAGAGAGCCUCAAAAUAAGAGUUGGUAUCCACUCUGGAGCUGUUGUUGCUGGAGUAGUCGGUCUUAAAAUGCCCAGAUACUGCCUUUUUGGUGACACUGUAAACACUGCUUCAAGAAUGGAAAGCACCAGCGAUGCUCUUAAAAUUCACAUCAGCGAGGCUACAGCCCAGCGUUUAUCUCCAGACCAAUGGGACAUCACAGAGAGAGGUUCCAUAGGAGUCAAGGGCAAAGGCCAAAUGAAAACCUAUUGGCUGAAUAAUUACAAAGGCACUCCCAGACGAAAAGCUUCUCUUGACAUUUUACCACCCAUUUCGGACACAGAUCGCCAAUAUUAUUCACCAGUGACGUUAGGAUCGACUCGAGCGAGGGCUCUUUCUGUAGCACCUUCCCUGCUGUACAGUCCAAGGAGAACCAGGUUCGAUUCAUACGAAAGUCCCGAACGCCCUAGGUCAGGAGGGAGAGUGCGAUUUGCGAGCAGUGCUUCGUGGUUUGCACCCCCUCCAACCACUGCAUGGGAGGAUAACUCUGAAGUCUCAAGUAGUCACUGUGUUUGCUGCCAGCAAUCGAAGAUUACAACGCCUGGAAAACCUAUUAAAAUCAUCAAAACCAGACGUUCUUUGAAAAAUGCCGUAAAAAGGAUUUUGAUUAGUCCUAAAACGUCGUCCGACGAUUCUGAAGCAACUAGUACGAAAACUUGCAUUAUAAUUUAAUAUCAGAAAUAUUGUUUUCAUCAAUAUCUUUGAAGCAAAGAUUGUUUGCUUUGAAUAUUUCAACAGAAAUCGUUUGCUGACAGGUGAAGUUUUCCUGCGUUUUUUUAUCAAACGAUGCAGAGAAACAUCGCAUCAAACGAUAAUUUUCCUAAACAAAAGUUAUUAUACUUUAAGCAUAGAAUCUAUAACAAAGCAGAAAGAAACUUAUUAAAACUUAUUUAUUAUUUUUGAAAAAGAAAAAAUUCCAGGCGAUACUUUGCUUUAUAAAUUACAACUUUCACAAACUUCAUUCAUUAUACAGUGCUUAAAUAGUUCUUCUCAUAGUAUCCUUUUUUUCAAACCAUUUAAAGUUUCUUCAUACUUUCAGUAAAAAAGUUAUUUAAUUCUAUGUUCAAAUUAUUGAAAGUAUUCCACUUUGUAAUGCUUUUUAAAAAUCUUUUUUUCACCCAUUUCAUAAAAAAUCUUCUUUAUAAGUCAAAAACAUUUCGGAAUAAGCUGAAAGGCCAACAGACAAUACAUGGUUGCUUACACUGUCUUACAAGGAUCUGCAAUUUGAAUAUAAAAUGAAAUGGUCUGUUCAAGAUAUCUUUAAAUGAUUUGAGUUUUAUAUAUAUAUAUAUAUACAUAUAUAUAGCACAAUAA